AUGACCUCCACCCAAAGCAAAGCCUGCUGCACCGUUCCCCCGGUCGUGGCCGAAGGCUACAAGCCCAAAGGCGACUACAUGCAAGUGGAAGGCAUGAAGACCUACGCCACGGGACCCAAGAGCGCCAAGUCUGCCGUCCUGAUCGUCUACGACAUCUUCGGCUUCUUCCCGCAGACCCUCCAGGGCGCGGAUAUCCUCGCCCACAGCGACCAGGACCACCAGUACCAGUGUUUCAUGCCCGAUUUCUUCGACGGGAAACCCGUGCCCAUUGAGUGGUACCCGCCGGACACGAAGGAGAAGGGGGAGAAGCUUGGGGAAUUCUUCCAAACCUCGGCCGCACCCCCGAAAACCCUGGAACGGAUCCCCAAGGUCCUCAAAGCCAUCCAGGCCGACCGCCCGGAGAUCAAAGAAUGGGCCAUCCUAGGCUUCUGCUGGGGCGGCAAGAUCGUGAACCUCGCCUCGCAAAAGGACACUCUAUUCAAGGCCGCCGCUUCAUGCCAUCCGGCCAUGGUCGACGCGAAUGAUGCGCCCGGUAUUACCAUUCCAUUCCUCAUGCUGCCGAGCAAAGACGAGCCGAAGGAUGAUGUGAAAGCGUGGCAGGAGAAGGUGAAGGUCAAGAAUGAGGUGGAGUGGUAUGACAACCAGAUUCAUGGGUUCAUGGCUGCAAGGGGGGAUUUGAAGGAUGAGGGGGUCAGGAAGGAUUAUGAGAAGGCUUAUGGGAAGGUGCUGACGUGGUUUCAUGAGAAUAUGUGA